CGCAAUAACGAUACCGACGGCCCGAGAUGUUGUAUAACCAGCUAUCCCGCUGAUCAGUCAAAUCGCAUCUUACGAUAAACAGGACGGAUGCAGUUAUAUUACAUUACGGCAUGUAUUCAAGCGUAUAGAGGGGAUAUUUGGGCGUUUGCAGCGACGUCAAACCGUUCUUGAAAUAUCUGGAUCUAGUAACUAGGAUUUGCACAACCUCAACAUACGUGAUAACUGAUCAGUUAUUUCGAUUCGAUUCGAUUCGAUAUAGAGGUAAUUCUGAUCUGAGUCUGAGUUGUAAUGUGCAGGUAUUUAAACCACGGCCUUCUCUCCUCUCCUCUGUUAUCAUCAGUCCAAGAAGAUUAUGAGCUUUACCUAGGAUCACCAACACAUAUUCACAAAUCCAAUCUUGACAAUAAUCAGUAAUCGAGUUCGUUGCCUGUUAGUCUCACUAGACAAUGGAUAUGCUUAAAAGCUUCGUCGUGGUGUUUCUGCGAUAUAUUCCCCCAGUAAAGUCUUGGAAGUUUUGCUCGCUUCAAGUGGGUAACUCUGAGAAGGGUGUGAGUACGAUACAGAAAAUAUCGCUAGGCCGUUUUCUUUGGUUUAAUAGUUCACGACCGAUCGAAGCUGCUCGCCCCGCUAUCCGACCCCUUAUAAUAUUUCUAUUAGGGGCACCUGGCGUGGGUAAGGGUACGGUCUCGAAGUUCCUAAAGGAUGCGUUCCCAGGAUUAACCCAUCUCUCGUAUGGGGACCUGGUCCGUUACCAGGAUGACAUACCCGGAUCUUGGAUAAGCAGCUUCCCAAGACGCGAGGGGGCAAGCAGCCCGCUGCUCCCGGCCCGAGUCUCAGCCAAACUAAUUCAGGAAACAAUCGAGACAGGAGUGAGUCGAUAUGGUCAGAUGACUUGGCUCAUUGACGGCUUUCCACGCACAGCGCAACACGUUGCUGAAUGGAUGGCACACAUGCCGAGUGCGGAUCUUACGCUUCACAUGUUCUGUCCGCCAGCUGUUUCCAUCGAACGCGUACUAGGACGAGCUCAGAACUCAAAACGACCAGACGAUGCGGAUAUGCAAAAGGUAGAAAAUAGAGUGAACCGCAAUGUUGCCGAGAGCCAGUCAAUGCUGGACGCCCUCGAAGGGUGUGGAACACAAGUGGUCAGGGUGGAUGCAAACAGGGACUUGGAACUUGUCAAGACCGAUAUCUUCAACCACGUCAAGGGGGCAAUGAAAAGUUGGGAAGAGAAGACUCACAAAUCAUAGAGAACCUUGGACAGGAACAGAUAACUACUACGU